UGAUAACAUUAGUGGACAAAAAUCUGAUUCCAACUCUUACACUAUUGUUCAACAUGAAUCCAAUCUCACACAAAAAUCUCCUAGUCCCAUUACAAUCAAUGAUGAUGUAUGUCAUAGUCCAUUGUCUUCUGUCAGCCCUUGUCAGUCACCUCCUACUCAUUUACAUUCUACUGAGUCAUUUUCCUUCCAUCAUAAUGUUGAAGUUAUCACCCACUAUCAUCCAACACAGAUCAUGAAGUAUGCCAUAUAUAAUUCUAAGUUUGACCUCAGUCACCAUUUGAAGUUGUAUGCGAUUGAUAAUGGCUUUCAAUACCGAACACUUACAUCAAAGAAAGGGGUAUUGCAUGUUGUAUGUUGUGAUGACAAUUGUAAAUGGGCUGUGAGGGGUGUCAAGUUACGUGGUG